AUGAGCUCUAGCCAGGGCACGGAUGAGGCCAAAGCAAACAAGGCUGUGGCCUCCUGCCAGGGCGCCGUCGACAAGCAGCUCAUGAAAGAGGAUGAGCAUGCCCAGGCGCCAGAGGAAGCUGGGCCUGACACUGGGGCAGAUGAUGAAGACAUCAAGGGUCUUGAAAGCAAGAAGGACCGCAAGGAGAGUGCUGAAAUGUUCUCGGUUGAUGUCAUCUAUGAGCACGCGGAAGACAGUAUGCCGCAGGCGCCGGGGCCGGAGGUUAGCGGAGCUGCUGCUACCGAUCCGGGCUCGGAUGCCUUGGCGGACAACUUGCCUGAGAAGGCCGCCGAUCAAACAGACGAAGCCGCUGCAGAGGCUGCAGAGGCUGGAGAGGCCGAAGCUUCCGCAGCGCCUGCACCGCCUGAUGCGGAAGCCAAGGGCGAGGCGAGCCCAAGCAAAGACCCGCAGAAAGACAGCGAAGAUCAGAAGGAUGAGAAGACCGAAGUGAAGGUUCCUGCCGCCGAUGCAGCAUCGGGCGUUAAGGAUGUGGCUUCUGACGCGGCAGUGGUUCUAGGAGCAGAGGAUCCAGACGCUACAACUCGCACAGAUAACGAGGCUGGAAGUGCUCCAGGAAGCCCGGCCUCGGGGAGCCCUCCGGGAAGCCCCUCACAGCCUCUGGCUUUGGCCAGUCCAGGCAAGGGCGAGGGCCAGGACGAGGGCCAAGGCGGCCAAGGCAGCCAAGGCAGCCAGGUGGUCGAGGUCAAACCAUACAGCCCUGAGGAUGGCCCUGUUGAUCAGGACAAGGCCAAGGAAGAGCAAAUGAAGCAGCUAGCUGAGUUGGAAGCUGCCUUGGCUCCAUUUGCAACCAUGGAGCCGAAGGAUCCGAAGGCUUCGGAUAGCUUGGAGGAUGCAAAGGCCGAUGAAGUCAAAGCAGACUCAAAGGCCUUGAAGGAAGAGGAGGCAGGGGUUGAGAGCGAAGCUGAGCGAACAGUGCCUGGACAAUUUGAGAUCAUCCCACUCACAGGUUCUCUAACCGACGGCAGGCCGCACCAGGCGACCUUCAGCCAGAACAAAGCGCAACAAGAGGAAGGAAAGGCUGAGCCCCAGAAAGGGCCAAAGGGGCGGUCGCCCAAGAGGUCGCCCAAGAGGUCGCCCAAGAGGUCGCCCAAGCGGUCGCCCAAGCGGUCGCCCAAGCGGUCGCGAAGUGGCAAGCGCGGCCGUGUGUCUUCACCAGCAAAGCGUCGGCCCACAGCUCAGAAGAGUGCAAAGGCAGGCUCAUCUUCGGUGAGUCGAGAUCGUGUGAGGCGGCCGUCACCUGCCCAGAAAAGAAAGGAACUGGUGAAGAGCAAGGUGAAAGCCAGAAGCUGCAGAAGCUCUAGCUCGGACACCAAGCUGAGCCGCCGAAAGGCAGAAAAGAAACCACGUGCCCGAGGAAGUAGCUCGCCAGGCUCGCCAUCUCCAGCCAAGGUUGCCAAGACAGCCAAAACAGCCACAGCCAAAGGUUUGCCUAAGACGAAGCCACAAACUGGUGAGACGACCGGGCGGAAGUGUCAACGCAGUCCAUCGCCCCAAAAGCCGGCCAAAGCAGAUCAGAAGAAGCCUUUGAAGGCAACAAAGAAGCCCUUGCCGUCCUCAUCGUCUAGCUCGCCCUCCCCGCCUCCCCGGCCCAAACCAAAGGCCACCAACGCCAUUCCGGUAAAGAAAACCAUAGCAAAGAAAGCAGCCAAACAGUCCGAGUCCUCUUCGGCCUCAUCUACAUCGCCGGCAGCACCGCCUGCGAAGGUGACCAGGCAAAAGAAGCCAGCAAAGCCAGCAGCCAAGCAGGACAAAGCCAAAACCAAAUGCAACGCCACUCGUCCAGCCCCAAAAGCGAAAUCAGCUGCGAGCACCAAAGCACCCAAACCGACCACAGAGCCGAAGUCUGGCCCAUCCGCUCCACAGGCAAAGCCUUCUGCAGCAAAAUCGUCCCCUCCACAUCCACCUGCCAAAGCUGGCGUGCCGAAGUCCAGCGCCAAGGCCAAGGAGAAGCUACCUGAAGACAAGCCCAGCGCUCCUGCUAGGGAAGGGGAGAAGGUCAAACGGAAGAAGAAGAAGGUAUCAAAGACGACUAGCGCCGUGGCCACAGCCCCUGCCAAAGCAGCUCCAGAGAUUAAAGCAGCUGUGGCAAAAGCCAAAGCGAUCUCAUCCCCGCAAGUUGUCGCAGUGCGGGCCCCACCCCUCGCAGACAAGAACCAAAACGGCCGAAGUGGCCAAAGUGGGAGCGACAGUGAUGUGGAGAUCGUGGCGGCAGACAUCAACUGGUCCUCAUCCGACGUGGCUCGUCGGUCACAGCGUGGCCCCAAGAGACGGGCACCAGAAGAGGUUUUGGCCGCUGCGUUGAUGGAUGUUUUGCUUCCAAAGCCAACCGGCCCAGAUGCAGCAGACCUGUCCCCAGCAGAAGCUGCUCUGCUCAGGAGGCAGCAGAUGCGGAGGCGGCUCUCUGAGGCUUCGAACGGAGAUUGGGCGCAGCCUGUUGAUGUCACUGCCCCGGCACCACCUGAGGCAGACGAGGAGCCGCCUAAGGUCAGUGCAACCUCUGGGCCCAGCAUCAGCGAUGAUGGCGCAGAUGGCAAGAGCGAGAAGGGAAGAGACGUCCUUGAGCAGAAGUUGAAGAAGACACAGCAGCAGCUUCUGCGGCUUCAGCUCGGAAUCAAGCAGCAACAGCUGGAAAAGCUUAAAGAGCGAAUGCACGGAAAGCGACCCAAAAACUUGUUGUUGCCUGCGCGGGCCCGGCGUCUUCAAGCUCCUGUGGCCAUUUCCGGAGCAAGCCCGGUGGAGAGGCAAAAAACUUUGCUUCAGGAGGCCUUGGCCAAGCGUAAAGAGCGGGCGGGCAAGGCACCCAAAAGCUCUGGUGACGCGGCAACCACGGCAUAG